UACAGUAGUACAGGCGGCUACCACGCCCUCACUGUGUGUGUGUUACGUAAGCCUCUACGCACACGGAUAUAUUUGAGCAGGAAACUUCAGUGGGGUCGGUUAGUCAGUCACUGUGUUUUCAUCUGAGCGUUACAGCUGUCAACCUCGUACACUACAUCUUUAAGUUUGCCAGGAUGGUUGUGCUUUCCAAAGAAUAUGGAUAUGUGGUGUUGACUGGCGUUGCCAGUAUGGUGAUGAUCGGACAUCUGGCCAUUAAAGUUGGCAAAGCCCGCAAGAAGUACAAUGUACAGUAUCCCCAGAUGUACAGUGACGACCCAGAAACUGGAAACAUUUUCAACUGCAUCCAGCGUGCACACCAAAACACCCUGGAGUUCUACCCCGCCUUUCUUUUCAGCCUGGCAGUUGGUGGUGCGCAUGCUCCUCGUCUUGCCAGUGGACUUGGAGCUGUAUGGAUUGUAAGCAGAGAGGUGUAUGCACACGGGUACUCCACAGGAGAUCCUAAAAAACGAAGGUGGGGCGCGUUUGGGAAUGUGGCUUUUCUCGGGUUGAUGCUGUCCACCGCCUGCUGCGGCUGCACCCUGCUUGGUUGGAAGGGACCACAGAACCCCUUCUCUGGUGGAAACUGUUGCUAGUAAGGACGAAGUCUUCAGGAUGGACUCACUCAGUCAUUCACCUUAUAAUAAAAGCCACUCUUCAUAACCCAUAUACAUUACAACAUGUGUAACCUCUGACCAAUAUAACUGUUCUCCAGAAAGAGAAAUUCCUUAUUUAUGACAAUGGAUGGGAUAUUUUUUAGAUGUUUCUCAUACUAAAAAAAAGGGUUUCGACUAGUCAUACUGACAAUAUUAAAUAUACAUUGGUUAUAAAUUA